AUGGACAGCUGCAGGCGCUUCCCAGUGACCAGUGGCUGCAGAACGUUCCUGGCUGAUGACCCGGCCUCGGGCGUGCACCUCGGCGUGGAAGGUGGGAUACUCUGCCAGCUACUCCGUUCUCCAGAUUACAACCUUUUCCCCAAGUCGGCAGUGUUUGAAAGUAAUUUCAUCCAGGUGACGAAGCAGGGGAACUGGGUGGAUAUCCACAAUGCCCCCACACUGGUGACCCUGGGGGUGACGUCCUCGGAUCCCUGCCUGCCCCUCCCCAACGUGCUCCUGAUCGCAAUGCUGGGAGAAAGCCCCCCCGGGAGGCCAGGCCAGCCCCAGGAACCCUCCAUGGCCCUUAGCAGGCUCCUCCCGCUGAGGUACGUCAGACUGUCGGUCCAGGACAGCGGCCGGCGCCUGCUGCGCGUGCAGGUGGUGACGGGGAAGGUUUAUUACCUGCGGCUGCACCAGGCGCACCCUGCUGCCGUGUUCACGCUCUGGAGCCGGCUGGCGGACAUCCUGCAGCGGGGGCUCUCCAUCACCACCAAGGACCCCUCCAUCCACGUCCCGCACAGCCUGGUGCUCAGCAUGGGCAGCUCCUCCACCAGCUCCCCUGCACAGCUGGUGCCUGAUUCCCAGCCGCCCUCGGGAGCCAGUCGCAGCGUGGUGGCAAGGAUGGGCAAGCGAUUGUCAGGGCCACUCUCCCAUCUCUCAGGAGCAGCCCUGGGGAAAAUGGAGAAAGACGGCUCGGUCCAGAGAAGACUCUUCUCCUGGAAUCUUACGGCUCAGAGCAAAUCUCCUGCCAGGGAAGAGGAAUCGGGUGCCCCAGGUUGGUCAGGAGGUAAGAAGUUCCCCCACUUCAGCCCUUUCUCCCAGGAGCGGGGCAGGUCAUGCAGGGACGAAGCUUGA